AGAGAAGAAGGGGAAGGGGAAAACAAGGCAAAGGGAGAGAGAAGUUCGGUAUCGUUAGCGUCUCGUCCCCUCACUCGUUUCCUUUACGUGACUAGCACUGGCGUGUCUGACAGAGGUUCGUUAAAAACACGAGAUUUAUCCCUUUUCUCUUCAAGGAAAGAGACAGAAAGAGAAAGAAAGAAAAAAAAGAAGAUAACUCUCAGAUCAGAUAUUUCAAGCUCGCCUUUUAUUGGCUAUUACGAUCUAAUCAUUUUCUUUCUUCUACCAAUCGUAUCGUCUUUUUCAUCUUAGCCGAUAUAACCAUUAAACUCCUUACUUACCGACCGAAUAAUUACAUAAUAAAUAUAUAUGCAUGGUAAUACAUGAUAAUUUUCACUUUCUAAUCGAACAAAAUCGAUAUUUAUCGUUCGCCUGAUGAUUGAUAUUACGAUGUUGUACGAACGAUAAUAACGAAAUUAUUAUUUCGAUAUUAUAUUGAAACUGAUACUAUCAACGAGAUCGUACUAAUAUGAAUCUUUUUUAUAUUGUUUAUUUUAUGGGAAGGGGAAAAUUGUUGACUUAUUAAAUAAUCGAGGUUAUGAAACUUUCGAAUCGAUUAAAACGUACAUACAUACAUACAUACAUAUAUCUAUAUAUAUCGUCAUGUGUACUAAUUUAUAAAAAACGAUAUUUUCAAAGUUGCCACUGUGCGUAUACUACCGACAAACAUAUACAUAUCUAUCUAUGUAUGUAUGUAUGUAUGUGUAGUAUACGUAUACGUGUAGAUAUAUUUACGUAUAUUUAUAUGUAUAAACAUAUAUAAGUGGCCUCGCGCACAGCUCUUUGGUAAAUCUGUGAAUACACCCCUGACAUCGCGUCCCUCUACCGCUCGAAGAGGGUCGCGUAUACUCUCUCCUCCUCCUCCACUUCAUCCACUACCACCACCACCACCACCACCACCUAUUCCUCCCCCAUCUCCUCCAUAUGCGAGGGGGUGGCGGUGAUGGCGGCGAAGAGAGGAACGCGCGGAACGCUUUAUGAAUGAAUGUUUCCGCGCCAAGUGCGAGAAGAGAGACGGAUAGAUAGGGUAGGGUGCUCGUGUGAGCGAAUACGAGGUACGAGUACGAGAGAGAGAGAAAGUAACUCUGGGAAUAGGGAGAGAGAGAGAGAGAGAGAGAGAGAGAGAGAGAGAAAGAGAGAGAGAGUCGUGUGUCCCGCGUGUAAACACAAUAAUACCGACGUUUCCAUUCAUCAGCUCGACCCCGGCGCGCGACCUCGAGAAAUACCUUUGGUGGUACCACGUGCUCUCUACGAACUCUCUCUCUCUCUCUCUCGCUACUCUCCCCUCUCCCUCUCUCCAAACCUCCCUACCCUUCCCACUCCUCCGACCCCCCCCUCUACCCAACCUCAUCCUUUUGAUUCUUUCUCGUGUUCGUCGCGAUAUACCAUUCUAUUUUCAUUUCUCUUUCUCUCUCUCUGUCUCUCUCAUUCUCAUUUUCUCUCUCACUCUUUCUUUCUUUCUCUCUCUCUCUCUCUCUCUCUCUCUCUCUCUCUCUCUCUCACUCUCACGGCCGAUGCCAACUACGGAAUCCACUUGACAUCAUCGUUCAUUAUGAAUUUCCGGACCUUUCUUUCUUUCUUUCUUUUUCUUUUCUUUUCUUUUCUUUUCUUUUUCUUUUUAUUUCUUUUUUCUUUCUUCUUUUUUUUUUCUUUAUGUCUUUCACUCUUUUUUUCUUGUUCUCUUUCUGUUUCUACGUUCGCACUUGUCUGUUUUCCUUUUUUGUGUUUUUCUUGUUCAGUGAUAAUGCAGUUAAAAGUGCAUAUUGCGGGUAUAUACUUUAAUGUAAUAGCGUUUAAAUUUCUUCAAUGUUAUGUAAAUUUGGUAUUUUGUAUGUAUAUAUACGUAUAUGUAUAAAAUUGUAUGCGCGUAUGGAUUGUAAUAAUCAAAUUCAAUCAAAAACAUGGUUAGAAGGCAACGUUUGGUCCGUCGUUUGUGCAAUGGAGUUAGGAUUACUCACGGAAUCAUCAUUGAAAAAUAUUUCUAUAAAAAUGUUAUCGGAUGAUGGGAAGAUCGUGAAAAAAAGUUCAUUAAACUGUUCCAUAAAUACGACAAAUUUUGUAUCGUCUUGGCCUUUCAUCAACGACGAACGAUCAAAAUUUAAAUUAGAUAAAAAUUAUGUAUCCAAGGCAAAAUUAAAAAGACGACGUAAGGGAAGAAAAAAGUUGUGGUAUAAAAAAAAAUUGUCAUCUGAUAAAAAGGAGAAUGAAGACAUUUAUAAUUUGAGAUCGAGUCCGAUAAAUAAUAAUUAUAAUGAUGAUGAUGAUGAUGAUGAUGAUGAUGAUGAUGAUGAUGAUGAUGAUGAUGAUGAUGACGAUAAUAAUAAUAAUAAUAAUAAACGUGAUAAUAAUAAAAUUGAUAAUUCUUUGGACAGUGAUAGUGCUUUUGAAAAAAGUCUUGAAGAUUAUGAAGAAAGUAAUGUUGGUAACACUGAUUCGUUGAAACCUGAUUGGUCGUACGUUGAUCAUAAAAAAGAAAUUAAAUCUACGCAUUUCGACAAUACAAAAACGCAUUCAAACGAUAGCAUCAAAGAUGAUUCCGAAGAGACUAUUUCUUUUUUACCAUCAAAUAUAAAAAUAGAUAAAAACAAAUGUGAACAUUCGAAAUUCGACGAAAUUCACGACAUACCUUUAGCUAAAAGAUUAUCGAACGAAAUUAAAAAAGAUGAUAUGGUAGAUAAUCUUUCAAUGUGCUUUCGUGACUACAGUAGUAGUUCGACUUUUGCCGGGAAAAAUUCGAAUCAAAAUUUAGCCGAGAACAAAACGCAUGUUGAGAAUAAUACGUCGAAUACGAAAAAAAUUGAAGAUAUUAAAGUAAAAAAGGAUAAUUCUUGUAAGAAUAUUUUUGAGGAGGAUGAUAUUGAUCAGAAUUUACGCAGAGUGACUAGGGGUCUGACAAAAAUUAAUAAGUCUGUUAAUGAGAAUUUUCUUGGAAGAUUAGUAUGGGGAUGUUGUUCUGGUUGGUGGCCAGCAUUGAUUAUCGAUGCAGAACAUGUAGGAAUGAUUUCUGAACCUGGAAAAUUAUGGGUUUAUUGGAUCGGCGACUCGUUAAUAUCUCUUCUCAAUGAAAAAACACAGAUAAAACCGUUCACCGAUAAUUUAGAGUUAAGACUCAAACAAAAAUCAGAAUCUGCUGAUAGCAUGCAAUCUAUCGAUUUAACCAUUCAGAUGAUACGUGAAAAGUGUGGCUGCUUGUUAACGAAACCUUAUCAUAUUUGGGUACAGAAGAAUUUCAUUGAUAAAACAAAAAAAGAGAUUAAGUUCUACCCAUAUCCAGCUAAAAUACAAGAGAGAUUAGAUUUUCUAAAAGAAAAAAAUUCAAGAAUUAAUGAAAGAUAUAUGUUGAAUCAGAAACAACAAUCAUCCGAAAAAACUAAAAAACAAGUUGAGAAGUGUACUGAUACGAGUUUUAACGAAAAGAAUACUGAAUUAUUACCUUUGAUGGAGCAACGGCCUGGCGUUAUUGCUUGGGCAAAAAUAGCUGGAUACAAUUGGUGGCCAGCUAUGAUCAUUGAUUAUCGUGAUUGCUGUCUGCGAGAGCCCAGUUUUGGUUGCCAAUGGAUAAUGUGGUAUGGCGAUUAUACAUUUUCACAGAUACACCAUCGUGCAUUUAUGAAAUUUAUAGAAGGAAUGGAAAAAAUGCAGGAGUAUAUUCAACGUACGAAGAAACAUUUUUAUCUUCUUGGAGUUCUUGAUGCUUCUAAGGAUUAUUAUUUACGGCUCGGUUAUGAUACGGAAAACUGGACUAUCGCAGAUGCUAUAACACAUUCCUCACAACGCAACGUUUGUUCACAAGUAAGAAAAAGGUCCUUGACAGUACAGAAAUGUUCAGAAGAAUCAAAAAAAUAUUCUGCAUUGAUUUUAAGUAAAUUAAAUCAAUUGAAAAUAAAUGUCACUGUUGAUGAUCAGCGAAAAAAUGACAUUAUCAAUAGUAACAUAUUACAUUUGAUAAAAAUUGGCAAAGCUGUAAUAGAGGACAUAUGUUUAAGAUGUUUAAAGAUAUCUCAAGAAGAAAUGGAACAACAUCCAUUUUUUAAAGGAUCUUUAUGCAAAGAUUGUUCGGAAAUAUUCAAACCAUCUAUUUUUGUGAUCGGUACAGACAGUAAAUGCUAUUUUUGCACCGUUUGUGCUGGAUCUGGUACAGUAGUUAUGUGUGACAAUGAAAAUUGUCCUCGAGUUUAUUGCACUGCCUGCCUAAAGCAUUUAAUAUAUCCAAAUGAGUACCAUGAUAUACUUCUCGAAGAUCCAUGGAAAUGCUUGCUUUGUAAAAUGGAUAAUGUUUCUACACCAAACAGAGUAAUAAUACCACGGCCGGAAUGGAAAGAAAAAUUUACUCAUAUGUUUAGAACAAACCCUAAUUCAAAAAUGAAAUUUGCAGUAGACAAUAAUUGGGUAAAGAGAAAAAUGCGUGUCCUUUCGCUAUUCGACGGCUUGGCUACUGGUUUGGUAGUACUCCUCAAAUUGGGUAUAAAAAUCGAAGUAUAUUAUGCUAGUGAGAUCGACAAAGACGCUUUGACUGUUAGCUCUUCGCAUUUUGGAGAUCGUAUUAUUUAUUUAGGAGACGUAAGAGACAUAACCAUACAAAAAAUUAAAGAAAUUGCUCCUAUUGAUUUGGUGAUGGGUGGAUCGCCAUGUAACGACUUGAGUCUUGUAAAUCCAGCACGGUUGGGUCUUCAUGAUCCUAAUGGAACUGGUGUUUUAUUCUUUGAAUAUAAACGCAUCAAGGAAUUAGUAAAAAAAGCUAAUAACGGAAGACAUUUAUUUUGGUUAUACGAAAACGUUGCCAAUAUGGAAACUAAGUAUAGGUUAGAAAUCAACAGAUGUCUUGGACAGGAACCUGAUGUGAUAGAUUCUGCAGAUUUCUCACCUCAGCAUCGAUUAAGACUUUAUUGGCAUAACCUACCGAUAAAUGCGUAUACUUUGCCGUCUGAAAAUCAACAUGAUCUACAAGAUGUACUUACGCCACAUUGUAAUCGAUAUGCUUUAGUAAAAAAAAUCAGGACAGUGACGACAAAUGUACAUUCAUUGAAACAAGGUAAACUAGCGCUGAAGCCAAUUCUGAUGAAAGACGAGAGUGAUUUGUUAUGGAUAACGGAGCUCGAAGAGAUAUUUGGAUUUCCACGGCACUACACUGACGUUAAAAACUUAUCUGCGGAGAAACGCCAAAAACUAAUUGGCAAGUCGUGGAGCGUACAGACGCUUUCCGCCAUAUUCCUACCGUUGCGCUCUCUAUACGAGCACGACUAACUAAAGACGACUAAAGUAUCGCCACUAUUUUCAUUUUAUUUAUAUUUUUAUAGAACGAUGAUAUUUUGUUAUAAAUAAUCGGAAAUGAAGAAGAAAAGUGUUAUAUAAUUUUGGAAGAAAUGAAAUUAAUUUGAGAUAAUAUAUUUGAAACAUCGGUAAUGAAGAAUCGAACUUAAUUCUAUAAAAGGUUAUGUUUAAUUAUGAUAAAUCGAAAAAAUUGUUUUUUAAACAAGUCAUGUGGUCACAAAUUGUUAGAUAUAUUU